AUGUCUGGAGACUAUUUUUCAAGAACACCAGCUUUAUUAUACUCUUAUGUUGAUUCUGAUUAUAAAACACUUCAAUUUAAAGUUGAUCAGAUCAAUGAUUCAAUAGCUCCAAUGACAACAUUCAACUCAAAUAAUCAUAAUCAUAAUAAUCAUUAUACAAAUCAUUAUCAUCAUGAUUUUAAUGAUAUAUCAAUGAAGUAUGGGACCCAAUCUAUUCUUCAUGUACUUCCAAAUAAUCCUCGACAUAAUAAUCCUUAUCAUAAUAAUAAUAAUCAUCAUCAAAUAGAACAACAUCAUCAUCGUAAUCAACAGGAUUGUUUGAAUAAUUACUGUCCUUCUGGAACAACACAUUUGACAUUAUUAAAAUUAACUAGUACAACUACCACUGCUAAUACAACAAUUACAUCGGCAAAUAAUGUUAAAUGUUAUAAUAUUCAUGAAUCUGAUGAUAAUCAUUUAAAUAAUUCAAAUUUAAGGCAAAUUAAUCUUAAACAAUCAAAUGUGAUUACAUCAUCUCAUUAUGAUAAUUCAUCAACUGGUAAUAAUCAUUUAACAAGUGAAUUAUCCACUGAGAAUUGGUGUAAACAUUCUCCACAAACAUUAAUGAAUUUGUCAGGAAAUGAUCAUUGGUUAGUGACAUCCAAUCCUGGAUCACCUACAAGAAGUGAUAAUUAUGUUAAUGGUGUAGUUUCUAUUAAUCUUAGUAAUAAAAUUGAUAAAACAAUUACUACUGAUGUACAUAUUAGUACAACAACAACAAGUCCUAGCCUUAAUUGUAUAACAUCUACAAACAUUGAUAAUAAAAAUACAUUAUUAAAAUUGUAUUCAGAUUCUAGAACAAAUCAAAAAUUAUGCUUAACAGAUAAUAAUAUUGAUUGUUAUGGUACAAAUGUAAAUGGGACUACUACAGAUGUAAAUACUAAAUGUUUUCUGCCACCGGCUAAUCAUAUCAUAUCAUCAUCAUGUAUUAUAAAUGAUCAUUCAAUAAAACCCAAUAGUCUACCAUUAUCAAUAUCAUCUUCAUUAUCGUCAUCAUCAUUAUCAUCAUCGCCACCAACAUCAUCAUCAUCACCAUCGUCCUAUGAUUGCACAUUAACAGAUUCUAAAAUACUGCCUACUAAUUUAUGGUCCACAACACCUAAUUUACUUAAUAAACAAUUAGGUAACAACAGUAAUAAUACAUUUUCUACAAUUCAUGAAUCAUAUCCUAUUCAACCUUUAAUGACAUCUUAUUUAAAUAAUUCUUUAAAUAUUGAUUAUCAUCAUAAUCAUCAUCACCAUCAUUGUCAGGAUCAACAACAUUCAACAUUUAAUAAUAAUGAUAAUAAUAAUAGCAAAAUAUCAAAUUAUAUGCCAGAUAUUGACUCACGUCCUUAUCAUCAUCUUCAUAACAUUAGUAGCCCUGAGGAGUCGUCUAGUGAAGCAUGUCCAACUCUAUCAAAUGAAACAAUAAAUUAUGAUACUGAAUUAAACAGUUAUGAAUCACUUCAUUCAGUUCAAUCAUCUUGUAUAUUAAAUAAUCAAUGUAUAAAUAACACUAAUCACUGUAAUAAUAAUGAACAAAUUCAUCAAGUCGAUGAUUGUUCAACAAUUUUAGGUUCGGUAAACUUUACCUAUUUGAAUUCUGUGCCAAUAAAUUCAGUGUUGUCAGCAAUGACUACAUUUACAACGACAAUGACGACAACGACACUUACUACCACAGAACCAGGAGUAUCAUUGUCGUCAGUAGUAACGUCAAAAUGUAUUUCAAAUGAUUUCAUAAAUAAACAUGAAUCAGAUACAAUGAAAACGUGUACUCAUGAGAAUAAUCCUACAGUAUCGCCAUCUAUGUUGUUAUAUAAUACUAUGAAUACGUCAUUUCAUAAAAUGUUAAUGAAAGGCACUAGUGAUAGUCGUGAACUAAAUGGUCAAAAUGAUAAUAUCGGUAAUGACGAUGAUAUUGAUGGUGAUGAUGAUGAUGAGGAGGACGAAAUAGAAGAGGAGGAAGAUGGUGAUGUGAAUUUAAAACAUAAUCAUUCAACUGACUUGUCCGAUUGUGAAAAUGAUGAUGAUAAUGAUGACAACGAUGAUGUAGAAGGUGGAGAUGUUACGAGUCAAAGAGAUCGAAAUACAAUUAACAAUACGAAAUCUAAAUUAAAAGAUGAAUUAACUAAAGAUAUCGAUAAUCGGAAAAAGAACAACGGAGCUGGUAGACGAUCAGAAAAACCACCAUAUUCUUAUAUUGCAUUAAUUGCAAUGGCUAUCAAAGCAUCUCCAUCAAAACGAUGUACAUUAAGCGAAAUCUAUCAAUAUCUUCAUACACAAUUUCCAUUCUUUCGUGGACAGUAUACUGGAUGGAAAAAUUCAGUUCGACAUAAUUUAUCAUUAAAUGAAGUUUUUAUUAAAUUACCAAAAGGUAUGGGUCGUCCUGGAAAAGGUCAUUACUGGACUAUUGAUCCAGCAGCAGAAUUUAUGUUUCAGGAUGGUGCAUCAAGAAGACGACCAAGAGGUUUUCGAAGAAAAUGUGCAUCAGCAGCAGCUGCUGCUGCCGCUGCCGCAGUAGCGGCAGCAGUUGCAGUGAAUAUUUCAUCAGGAAAUAAUUAUUCACAAAUAACUCAUGAUAAUACAAUACAUAAAAUUUCCACAACACCUUUUGAUAGUUUUAAUUUAGGAAAUAUGAGUCAUGAUUUAUUAUUAACUAAAGAGAUGACACGAUUUUUUAUACCGAAUUCAGCAAAUACUCGUGGUAUGAAUUAUGAUAGUAUAAAUACUGUUUCUAAACUUCAACCCCUUUCUAACGGAUUGUCAAUUUCAUCAAAUUUGAAUAUAACAAAUUCAACAUCAGUUAAGCGUAUAGAACUAGAAGCGGUUGGACCAUCAUCUUCGUCAUCUUCCAUUGACAGUGUUUUCUGUAAUCGUACUACAACUACUUUAAAUGGACAAAUACAUGGAUCCAGUACACCAGCUUCAGUUUCAUUUGAUAACGUAUUUCGUACACAGUCAGAUUCUUUUGGGAUAAAUCUAUCUAGUUCACCAAUGGAAAUUCCAACAAUUACAACCCAACUUACAGAAAAUAUACAUGCUUCUAGAACAAACUCAGGAGAUUUAGAUCCUUCACCAUACAGUUUUAUGAACUCAUCAGAACAUCUAAGAAACAAUAAUGGUAAUAUUUCGGUUAGUCAACAAUUGCCUCCAAUUUACCAAACUAUGAUUCAUAAAACGUUACCAUGUAUACCAAACUCAAAUCCUACAACUGUUUCUUCACUUUAUAAACCUACUAUUUCCGACGCAUAUAUUGGCUCAGUGAAUAUAAGUAAUAAUACUCAACAUCAUGAAGACAUAGAAAUAGAUUAUUCAACAUAUUAUAAUAGAGAAAAAGAUCCACAAAUAAGUGGCUCACAUUCAACUCCAAUAAAAAUAAACCAUCACAAUUUAUAUGAAAAUAACUUCAAUCUAAUACAACAUUCUCAGGGUUUAUUGUUAAAUACAAAAGAAUUGAGUUUACUAAAUCAUAAUAGUGAACAAAUAAAUAAUGAUCUUGAUGUACGUUGGUCUAAUGAACAUGUAUGUUGGCCAUGUGAUACAUCUGUAAAACGAACCCAGAUGUUUAAUCAAAAAGAGUGUGAUCAUACAGAUAUUCCUUCAAAUACAAUAGAAUCCAAUUUAUAUACUAAUGAGAUUUUUAGUAUUUCUCAAAUAAAUACUAAUUCUUGUAAUACUACUAAUAAUAAUAGUACAGCUGUUAACGAUUUCAAUGGUCCUACAAGAAGAAUACUUGAAAGAUUUCAAGGACAUGAUAAUACUCUAUACACAAGAUCAUUAUUAUCUCCAUCAUCUAAAAGUAAUACACAAUUAAUUGAUCCAAACAAUAUAUCAAACAUACAACAUACUAAUUUAACAAAAUCCGAUGAAUCAAAUCGAAUAAAUUAUUCAAUAAGUUCACUUGAUAAUGAUAUUGAUAUUCAUAUGGAAGAUUCAUGUCAUUCUAAAUGUCCACGAAUUGAAAAUAAUCAAAAUAAAAAUGAAGAAAUUCAUGAACGAAAUGAAAUAUUGGAAUACAAUACAACAAUGGAUUCAUUUAUUACUAGUCCACAAUCACAAAAACAUAACUAUAUGUGA